CAGUUCUGCGCGUAUUAUUUUAACAGGAAUUGAUUUGGAACAAAAUUUAUUUUAGAAACAUCUACCAAAGAAAUGAGGUCGUCGCGAUUUUGUGUUUGGUUGACCAUCUGUGCUGUAUCCGUGGCUGGGGAUGGAUGGAUGAGGUGGGUCUUCGGUGAAGAAUCUGAAGAUGCACCCUGGGCACGUGUUGAUGAACAUCGAGAUUCAUCAUCGACGGCAUUAGACUUCACCAAGAUUACUGCACCUUUCGAAAUUCAGCGUGAGGACCCUUUUUUGAAUGAAGUUGAGAAGUAUACCGGACUCAAAAUGUCAGAACUGGAUCGCUGCCAGCAUCAAAUCAUUUAUGAUUUGAAGACUACGUGUACGCGGAUGAGUGAAGAAGAGAUAGCGAAAAUGGGCGUUCAGCUUUUGAACUGUCAGUCGCGGGUGGAAGGCCGGAAGGAGUAUCCAUGCUACGAAGAAAUGACCCUGAGAGAUUGUACCCAAAAGAUGGAUGACAACGCGUGGAACGCAUACCAUUUGAUGUCAAACCGAGCGAGGGCAGUUUGCUAUGCGGCACGGCAGCAGCAAUUCGCGGUCAAGACAGAACUUACCGUCAAUCGUCUUGUUCAGUCCACUGAGGAGCACGUGGAAGGAUUGAAGAGUAUUAAGGAAGGUCAACUCGAACUUGGUAGAUUAACUUCCGACACACUGGAAGAAGUUUCACGGGGGCACGAAGCUCUUGCUGUUAAGCAGAAUCAACUUAAAGACGCCCAACUUAGCAUUCAGGGGUUCGUGUCGGAAAAUCUGCGAGAAUUGAGCAAGGAAAAGAUGCUCAUUGCUGCUGUUCAAGCUGAACUUGGACUCAUGAAAGAUUCUAUCAAGUCGCAUCUUGAUGAAGCCGCGGAAUAUCUGGUGAAUUUUGAGUCAUCGAGACGUGUAGGACACGAGGAAAUUCUCCGGGACCUCAACGAGGUGCACAUGAAAACAAGGGACGCUUGGGAUCGUGUUGACGGAUUGACGGAUCGUAUUUUACGUAUCCAUACGGAAACGUUGGAGAGCUUAUCCACGAUUAGAUCAUCCAUUGGCUCCCUUCAUCGGGUGCUGGAAGAUGUCGAUUUUCGUGUCAAUAAGAAACUGCAUUGGUUGAAUAGCACCCUGAGUGUUUUUCAGAUGGAUGAAGCCGGUCGUCUUGAAGAUUUAUUUGUUGUCGUAUCGCACGUCGCUUAUCUUCUUGCCACGGUUUGGUUUGCCUGCUUUUUGAAAUUUCCGAUGCUUUCAAGAAUCUUCAUGAUCUUGAUCAUACCACUGAACGCGGCCGCCGCGUUGUCCAACAAGGAGUUGGCAUUGGAGUUCCCCUCGUUGACAGCCUUAAUAAUCAUCAUGCUUGGAAGUGAAUUAUUUGUGAGUUACAAAUCUCAAAGUUUCGUGAGAAUCGGAAAAGGAGUUGGCGGAUGGCUGUCUUCAGAAACAUGUCCGGCCGUUACACCUGUUGCAACUGUUGUUCCUGCUGCUAGAUUUAGCAGGAUCGCUGGGGGAGAAGACAAUUUGAUCUCGGAAGAUGAAGAUCUUGGCUGUGAUCGCAACGAUUCUGGUGUGAUGAGCCCGCGACGACCUCCAGUGGAGGAGGCGGGUCGUUCUGCUUUGCGCAGGAAUGUUAAUUUCCCAGCAUUUCCCACGUUUUGCUCUACGCCGAGGGCAGAUGUCAAUGUACAAUGGGAUAAUCCCCCGCCGUUAUCUCGUGUUUCAAUGAUGAAUCAAGUCAUUCAGAAUUCAGGAGGUCAUCCGUGUAUUCCUCAGACUCUAGAUGUUAGGGCCGCAAAGAGGAGUUUGUUGGACAGGUUGCUGCAAGAUCAGAGUGAAAUGCAGAACGUUGAAGACGAUGUAGAAGAAGAAAAUCGAGAGAACUCGGAACAGCGAAAUAUGCGCUCUCAGACGCCUCUAUCAGUUACAUCGUCGACCAGAACUGGCCGAAUGGACGCGUUACUAGAGUGGUUAAACACGUUCGAUGCCCUGGCAGAAGAUGUUAAAAACCCCUUGAAAGAGAAAGUUGCUGUGGCAAAGGCAGAAAGUGACAAUGUGCUAUUCGCUUUGGAACGAUCCUCCCGCGCUAGUGGGGAAAAAUGCAAAGAACAGGCUGCGACCAUUGAGCAAUUGGAAGAUCGAGCUAGAACUGCGGAGGCACGUGCAGCUGCGGCCGAACUCCGAGAAGAAAAUCUUAAAGCCCGGACAGAACAAUUGUCAGAAGAAGUAAAAGUUUUUGAACAACGCAUUCAACUUCGACUCGCUGAGCAAGAAGAUCUUGCUGGUUUCUUGGAAUCCAAAUCCCAGGAAGUGAACAGACUCAGAGAAGAGUUGAAAGCUAUGAAUGAUUCGCUGCGAGAUUCUCAGCAGGCGCGCCUCACCGCCCAGAUUGAAGCGGAAAUGGCGAAUGCAAGAGAAGAAGGCUUGAAGGCGGAAAUUUCUCGAUUGAGGGCGCGUGUUGAAGCUGGUGCAGAUCAAUUUGCAGAAUAUCAAAUUGAAAUGCGGAAGCAACACGACGAGUUGUACGAAAAUCUUAGGGAGCAGAAGAACCAUGCAUUGCGAUUGGAGAUGAAUCUGGAAAACAAAAUUGAGGAGCUGAAGAUAGCGCAGAACACCGUUGAAGAUUACAAGUCAUCAGUUGAUGAUCAGCGAGAAAAAGUUCGCGACCUUCUGGAUCAACUGCACAAAAUCCAGGAAAAUACUAUUGUUUUAGAAACAAAUUAUAAGUCACAGCUAGAUGCCCAGAGGCAGUUGGUUGCUCUGCACGAAGAAAAUGCUCGAAGCGCUGAUAUCCGAGCUCAAGCACUUGAAGAACGAGGAAAACAACUGGACGAAUCUUUUGCACGAGCGAGUGAAGAGCAUUAUGCAGAAGUUGAGGCAUUGGUGAAUUCCUGUCAAGAAAUCAAAAGCGUUGUUGCGGAGCGUGAAGAAACGAUUGAAGCCAUGCGAAGAGAUCUCGAGCAUGCCCACAAACUGAUCGAAAAAUUUGAAAAGCAUGGUGUCAGCGAUGAAUCCCUAUCAAAGCUGAGUCCAGCCGCUGCGGCAGCCACGAAAUUUGUGAAAAGUGGGCUCACGUUGACAGGAAUGUAUUCGCAGUACGUUGCGGCUUCCGAAGAAGCCCAGCGCUUACUGACAGAAAAUGAAGAACUGAAAUUGAAGUUGGAACAUUUAGCGAACGAAAUUAGAGCCCGAGCGCCGGCCUGGAAGCAGGAGCGGGAAAGAGCCGACGAAACCCGGAUCAUUGUGAAAACUUUGACCGGAAAGCUUUCCGAUGCUUCGAAAGAAUGUCAAGCUUUGCGAUUCCAGUUGAUCGAUGCCAAGAGUGUUUCAGAAAAGCUUCGCCAUGAUGCCGAGGUUCGGAAUGCGACGAUGAAAGAUUUGAGAAGUCAAAUCACGACAUUGACGGUUGAGUUGGAGAAACUUCGCGGCAACAAGCGAGGAAUAUUGACGCCUGAAAACGAUGCAAAUAAUUUGGUAACCUUCAAAAGCGUGGAAGAAUUACAAGUGAAAAAUGAACAAUUGCUAACAAAGCUGCGAGCCGUGGAAACCGAGCUGGAAACGUAUAAGCGGGAAACGGACGAGAAGAUCAAUGCGGAAAUGAAGGCAAAGGCAGAAAAAGAGCUUACCGAUCUCCGAGAAGGUCGGGAACGUAGUUCAAAAAUAUUGGAAAAUCUCCGCCUCCAACGGGAUAUGUACAAAGGAAUUUCUGAUCGUUGCUCGUGUGACGGCAAUGCCGGAAUUCGAGUCCCUCCUGGGAUGGGGUCAACACCAUCUACACCUCUCAAUCAGUCACGUUCCAGACUCUCCAACACCUCCAUUCAUGCAUCUCCCAGAAUUUCUGUAAAUGCUGACGAGCGGCGAGACUUCGAAGAUAGAUUAAAAACAACAAACGAAGGUUUCGAGACCUUCAAGAAGGAACAUGAGUUGCUGAAGGUGGAACUCAGCACAAACGCCAAGCUCUUGAUGGAAGAAAACUCACAGUUGAAGGAAAAAGUUGAUAAGCUCAGGCACGAGAGUAUCAAAAGCAGAAUGGAAAUGGAAAGCAGUGUGGAGCGUUUGAACGUAGCGAAGACGAACAUGGACAUGUAUAAAAAGCAGCUGAAUGGCGCUGAAGAAAUGAGUAAAAGAAUGAACCUGACAAUGGCGAAGCUGGAGCAUACUCUGGAAGAAGUCAGAGAGGAGUUGUCAUCAACCCGCAAGAAGUUGAAUGAAAGCGAGCGUAAAGUUCAGAGCAUGAACCAGGACCUGUUCAAGUCGCAGUCGGAGAUUGAUCGCCUCAACAAAACGAACAGUUUGUUGGAAGAGGCGAUACACAAUCAAGCAGGUGUGAUAACGGACCUUCGCGCUUUCCGCGUCGAACUGGAAAGUCGAGAAUCCAGCGAGCAGCUUGCGCUCAAGAAUACGAUUACGAAUAUCAAGAAAGAUUUAGCCGCUGCUGAACGACGAGCAGCCGAGGCUGCCGUUAGUGCGCAAGAGGAAGCCAAUGCAUUACGCGAAGCUGCUGCGAAAGCCAAUGGAGAAGCGAGAAAGAAGCAGGAUUGCAUUGUGAAGCUGGAGGAAGAAAUUGCAAAACUUAACUCCCAAGUAGAAGAAAUGCGUAGUGGUCGACUUGACGUUCCGAUUGGCAGCCGCUUGAACUCGGCGCUCGAGGAAAGCCAGUCAGCGACGGAUGUGUCGAACAAUUUGGCAACGCUCAACUUGCGGCUUCGUGAAGCUGAAGCAGAGCUGCAAGAAUCCCGUCUUCGAGUUUUGGCGCUGCAGCGGGAAUCCGAAGCGAGCCAGGCUCACGCUGCCGAAUACAAACGCAUGGCAGCUGGCCUAGAAGACGCUCUUCAGUCUGCCAACAAUGCCCUGAAAGCCCAACAGGCUGACACUGCAACUCGCGUGACGGGCUUCGAAGAGCGUGUUCGGGAACUUGAAGAAGCUCGAGCAACUGUAGAAAGUGAAAACGAGUCGCUGAAGGAGGCCCGGAAGUUACUCAAUGAACAGCUCGAGUCUUGUGAGAUCAGCCGGAAAUCCCAGUUGGAACAUGCGGAUAAAGACAGAGUAGCUGCCGAGUCCCGGGCUGCCAAUGCAGAAGCAGCAUUGGCUAUUGCUACGAAGGAUCUCAUCGAGCUUCGAAACUCGUGUGCUGAACUCAGUACACGUUUUGCUCACGAAUCGUCCAGAAGACAAGAGCUAGAAGCUAGUAUUGGCGAAACUCGAAGAGAGCUAGAUGCGACAAGAGUCAAGGCCUCGGAUUCUGAAAAGGAUUUAGAAUCCACGAGGAACUUUCUGUCUUCUGUGGAGGAGCAGCUGCAAGAACUGAAGCAGAAGUUCGAGGAUGCCAAGCUAGCCAGAGAUUCGGAGACUGAGGAAAAACCCGGAAGUGAUGGAACCCCUGACUCUGCUGCAUCUGUUGGUGCUGGUGCAGAAAGCAAAAGUGGUGCUGGAGACGAAGCAGAUGACUCAGCCACACCAGAGCAGUUGAAAAAAUUGAUCGACUACUUGAAAAAAGAAAAAGAGCUGAAAAGUGCGAAGCUGCGGACGCAGUCACUAGAGAAUACUCGACUGCAGCAAACAGUUGCCAACCUGAAGGCGGAGAUGAAAGCUUUGCAGUCUGCACUGGCUGCAGCACGAGUAUCUGCAGGAUUGAGUUCCGAAGUGGGUCCAAGUGGUUCACCGCGUUCUUCCGGGGGAUUGAAGAUGAUUUCGGUAACCGAGCAUGAGGAGGUGUUGAGGAAAGUGCAACUUGCUGCAGCUGUGGAGGAUAGCAACCGAAUGCUGAGGGAUGAACGAGACUCUCUGACGUCAAAAUUGAAAGAGACGGAAGCUCGCGUAGUUGACUUGGAAGUUGAACGUGGUCCCAAAAAUCUCAAGAUUCAAGAGCUGGAUACCAAGCUGGGCCAUUUGAAUGCAGAAUGCGAAACUCUGCGAAUUGAGGCGAAAAGAUGGCAGGAAAGAGCCAAUUCCAUGAUUGAACGCACCCAGAAAGUGAAUCCACAAGAUUUAGAAAGAUUGGUUUCCGAACGGGACAAGCUUUUCCAGGCUGUGCAAGAGAAAGAUAAGCAAAUCCAAGAGCGUGACAAGGUACUUGCAGAGAAAGACCGUUUCCUGGUCGAGAAAGAGAAGGAGGCAGUGGAAAGAGACGUUCUUAGUAAAGAUCGUGAGAAGAUCGGAGCAGAGAGGGAUCGGAUUUUGGACCUCAAUAAAAAGCUGACCGAAGAAAUCGAGAACUUGAGAUCUUCUGCUAAUGAAGCGGAGACCCAGGCCAAUGAUCUUAGAGGCCAACUUGCACAAGUCAGGCGAGUGGCUCGCAAGUACAAGGAAACCAGCGAAUCCCUGAGGAAGGAUGUUGAUAAGCUGAAUAACGAACUGAAACAGGCGAAGGAAGCAUUGCAGAAAAUUGAGGAAGCGAAGGAAAGUGAAGUCAAGGUUGACCCUGCCGCCGAAGCUAAAUUCAACGAAGCUCUCGAAAAUAUCUCCAGGCUAGAAGGCCUCAUCAAAGAAAAGGAUAAUCAGCAAACGAAGGCGAGGGAGACUUUGGAAUUGGCUCGUUCCCGUCUGAAGCUAGUGACUGAACAAAAAAAUGUCCUUCAAAAGGCGCUACAAAACUCCAAUGUCCCAGCUCCGUCUCUUCCAAGUGUUCCAUCAAUUUCCGAUGCCGACUGUGCUGCCUUAUUGGGAUUGAACCCUGAACCAUGGCUUGCACAACUUGCGGAAUUGCGAUCGGAAAAAGAAGCUUUAUUGAAAGAAAUUGAUUUGUUGAAGAUGAAGAUUAGUGCUGCCGCCGCCUCACUUCCCGCACCAAACUCGGGUUCUGGAGCCUCUGGAAGUUCUACGUUGAGGAGCUGCAUUGAGGUCCAACCGCAAAUGCAGCAACCUCAGGCGUCAAUGGUUGCAUCUAUUUCACGAAUGACUCCCACUGCGUCGAUUCGUCCACUGAGAUCGGAAUCCGGCCCAACACCCACCACGAACACCCCAACUUCGAUGCCCAUUACCGGCGUGGUUUUGCCUACGAUCGCAGUAGCGGAGAAUUCAGCGUCUUCGUCAUCAGAUCAACCUGAGGAAACGGAAGUACAUCCGCUACCUCCGCUGUCUGCUGUGACGUCUUCUUCCUCUUCCGUGGGCAACGUUGCUAUGAUUUCACCAAACCUCUCGCGUGGUCCAGUUGCCUCAGACCCUGGAGCCGGCCCGAGUAACGUUGGUUCUUCAUCGCCAAAGCCUAAAACGAGGAAACGGGAGUUGGAUACGACUUUUGCCGCCACGACGACGUCAAUGGGUGAUCCCAGCAAGCGGACGAGGGUUGAGAUUGGACCGUUCGAGAUGGUGCCAGUCGACAGCGAUAUCAUUCCAGAAGGGGAAUCUAUAUUAGUUGAAGAGGAUGCGGAAGACAGCAUGGAUGCAGAAGCUGGAAAUUUGGAAGGUGAUGAAGAUGAUGGCGAAGUCUUAAAUGAGGAAGAAGACGAAGAGCUGAAUCAGGCCGUCACGGGAGAAGUUGCUGAAGUUCCCGAAGAAUCACAAGUGGACCCUGUGCCUGGAAGUUCUAGUGGAAUGAGCUCAAGUAAUGAUUCCACCACAGGACGGAGGUGUAUAUUAUUACCAAGAUCUGCUGGCGUGUCGAGCAUUCGCUCCCAGCAACCAGCCGCACAGAACGUGCUACAAACGUCGUCGUUCAUGCAGUCAACAUUCGAAGAGGGCGAUGAUGGCAUUGUGCCUAGUACACCGACUUUAUGCCCAAGCCGAGGAAUUACGGAAGCUGAGGCAUCUUCCUCCGUUCCUGUGGAUGUGCCUCCGUCAUCGCAGUUCAUGUUUUCGGGACGAGCUGGUGUAACUGCUGCAGCGUCUCCUGCAUCAGCUGUCGGAGGACAUUUGGACGACACCAGGGUGGAUUUAUUCGAGGGCGGAAACGUUGAAGCUCAGGAACCGGAGCAACAGUCGGAGAGAACCACGGAAGAUCCGCCGGCUCAACGUUUAAUGUCGUCGUCAUUGCAGCACCCCCAAGCGCCGCAGCAGCAACAGCAACCACCGCCACCACAACAGCAACAGCAACAACAACAAAUAUUACAACAAAUCCAGCAACAGUCGGCAGAUGCAGGACGAAGGGUGAUUUCUAUGACGCCUCGUCCAUUCAUGGAGCAUCCUCCACCACCGAUACACUUCCGAAGCAUGCCACCGCAUCCUGCGAUGCAACAAAUGCCAAUUCAGUAUCGGCGAGGCAUUUAUGAGCGUGGGUCCAUGCGAGGCCAAAGAAGACCGAUGGCGUAUGGCAAUUUCCCCGAUUAUUACAAAUUUAAUCCUGCGGAGAAUAGGAUGAACGCUUUACGCUCGGGAAGUGACAUUUUGAAGAAGUUGAUGGAAGAUCUCAAGCAUGAAGAAUUUCUGGUUUUGGAUAUCGGCUGCAACUCCGGUGAAUUAACUGUGGAAUUCGGGGUUUUCUUGGCAUCAUUGCUUCCCGAAACUUGCCGGGUUGUGAUCUUGGCGUUGGAAAAAGAUGCACAUCUUGUUGAAAAAUCAAAACCUCUGCUGUCAGGAAACACAAGUGAAAAAUUGAGCGUGGUUGUCGAGUUGGCCGACGUGAUGAAUUUUCCGGAAACCGAGUCUUUACUGAAAUCGUUUCUCCAAGGAAGAAACGAAGAAAGAUUUCACUUGACCACGUGCUUUUCUGUGCUAAUGUGGAUUCAUCUCGUUCACGACGAUUCUGGACUGGAAAAAUUGCUGAAUUUUCUGGGGAAUUACUCCGAAAAUUCACUGGUCGAAAUUCAACCUUGGAAGUGCUAUCAAACGUGA